ACUGGCGUCCGGGCAUUGAGACGAAAGAAGGAACAAUCCAAAAUCUCGCUCACUUGUAUCUGCGUCCAGUGCUGUAACGCACCUUCAUCCAUCCAUCUUUAUAAAAACCAAUGCAAUUCAUCAUUAGCACAGCUGAUAUCCCACUUAUGGGAUUAAAAAAUGCGGAAAUCCUGCCAAUUACCACAAAUCCGAGGACAGAUCGACAAAACCCAGAUGGGUAAUUUCUCGCAGUUGAAAUUUGGCCGGUGCUUUGGUUCUCUGGAAUCGAUGUCUCGGAGAAUGUUUCUUUUAAAAUCUAUCAGAGGUAUGUCAGAACCCAAGACCAAAUUUCUAGAUUCAAUUAGAAGUGGUUUUUGGUGGGCCCCACAAUCUCUUUUCACCAAUCAAAUGAGACCCAGCUGAGAAUUCUGAUAUGCCUUUAAAUGGGUGUGGAAAUUGGAGUGAUGGGCAGAGAUGGGUUUCUGUUCAUGAAGGUAUUGAGGCUGUGAUUGUAUCAUCUGGAGAGGAUUUGUCUGAGAGAAGUGGGGUUUUUUAGUGGAGUAUAGAUAGAAAUCUGGAGUUUGGGUUUUUACUGGUUUGGCUGUUGUUGUUGGGGUUUUUGGGCCUUGUGAAGUGAGUAUUUUGGAAUUUUGGGUGGUGGGUUAAUAUGGGGCUUCGAUGCUGUUGCUGGUGAAGUUACUAUUGCGGUAGUGGAAGACGAUUGGUAAGACACAAGUGAGUUCUGGGUGUUGAAAUUAGGGUUAGGAGUUGUGUUUUUCUUUGCUGCUUCGAGUGAAAGAUGUGUUAUUUGUAUGCCAGAGGAGUUGUGGUUGGGUUUUGGGAUCUGGGCUUUGGUUGUUGAUCUUGUUGCCAGCGUUGAGGUUCUUCGGAGUUUGUUUUUUCCCAAUUUGAAUUUUUAGUGAUAGUAGAUUAAUCAGAUUGUAUUAGGUUUCUAUAGUGGUUCGUUUGGGUGGCGCCUUUUUAUUAUAGAUAUUGGCUUCUAGUUUUGAAACUUGCAGUAUCUUCGAAAGAAGAUCACUUUUCAUCUUGAUUCAGAAGAUUUUGGAUUUGGGUUUUAUUGUUUCUCUUUUUGGGUAUUUUCUUUGGGAAGUUAGAGAUUAGGGGUUCUUACCUUUGCUGUUUUUGGUAGAGAUUAAUCUUGGGUUUUGAAGUUUAUAGUGUUAGAGAAAGUAGAUUGAUGAUUGAUUGGAACAGUUGAGGUUUCUUUUGUUUCUUCUACUAAAACUGGUAGACUACAUUGACGACUGGGUAUUGGGUUAUCUGCUGCUAUCGAUGUUGCGCCAUCUUUGAGCUAAUGAACUUAUUUAUAAAAAAAAAACGGAAAAAAAUAAAUCCUCUUGCCUAAAAGACUUCCUGUUGGAGAUUUUGGUUAUUUUGGUUUUAGGAUAUUCUUUCUUGCUGUUUUUAGUAAAAAUGUCUUCUUCAAGACCCACGCAAUCAUCGGCCAGUUCUAGCCGAUCGAAACACAGUGCUAGGAUCAUAGCUCAGACCACCGCUGAUGCAAAGCUCCAUGCAGAGUUUGAGGAAUCUGGGAGUUCCUUUGAUUACUCAAGAUCGGUGGUCGUAAACAACACUGGUGUUGCCAAUCCACCUAGAUCGGACAAAGUAACGGCCUACCUACACAAUAUACAGAAAGGGAAGCUUAUCCAGCCAUUCGGGUGCUUGUUAGCUUUAGAUGAGAAGUCCUUUCGGGUCAUUGCCUAUAGCGAGAAUGCCCCAGAGAUGCUGACCAUGGUUAGCCAUGCUGUCCCUAGCGUCGGUGACGUCCCUGUCCUUGGCAUUGGCACUGAUGUAAGGACUAUCUUCACUUCCCCAAGCGCUGCAGCAUUGCAUAAGGCCUUGGGUUUUGGUGAGGUUUCAUUGCUGAAUCCCAUCUUAGUCCAUUGCAAAACUUCCGGUAAACCCUUCUAUGCAAUCAUCCAUAGGGUGACUGGAAGUCUGAUCAUCGACUUUGAACCUGUAAAGCCUUAUGAAGUACCCAUGACUGCUGCUGGUGCUCUUCAGUCUUACAAGCUUGCCGCAAAAGCAAUUGCACGGUUGCAAGCUUUGUCCAGCGGCAGUAUGGAGAAGCUGGUCGAUACUGUUGUCCAAGAGGUCUUUGAACUUACAGGGUAUGACAGGGUGAUGGCCUAUAAGUUCCAUGAAGAUGAUCAUGGCGAAGUCAUAUCAGAGAUCACGAAGCCAGGUCUAGAACCUUACCUGGGUUUGCAUUAUCCGGCCACCGACAUCCCUCAGGCUGCCAGGUUUUUGUUUAUGAAGAACAAGGUCCGAAUGAUCUGCGAUUGCAAUUCAAAACCCGUGAAGGUGUACCAGGAUGAGAAGCUAACUUUUGAUUUGACCUUGUGUGGUUCGACUCUAAGAGCGCCCCAUAGCUGCCACUCACAGUAUAUGGAGAACAUGAGUUCCAUUGCUUCUCUGGUUAUGGCAGUGGUUAUCAAUGAAGGGGUGGAUGAAGAAGAGGGCAUGGAGCCCGCACAACAGGAGCAGCAGCAGCCGAAGAGGAAGAGGCUUUGGGGUCUUGUGGUCUGCCAUAACACAACUCCGAGGUUUGUUCCUUUCCCUCUACGAUAUGCCUGUGAGUUUCUGAUGCAAGUUUUCGCUAUCCAUGUUAACAAAGAGUUUGAAUUAGAGAACCAAAUACAGGAAAAGAACAUACUAAGGACACAGACAUUGCUUUGUGAUAUGCUUUUGAGAGAUGCCCCUCUAGGCAUUGUGACGCAGAACCCCAAUAUCAUGGACCUUGUGAAAUGCGACGGUGCUGCCCUUUUAUACAACAACAAGAUUUGGCGACUCGGCUUAACUCCGACCGACUCCCAGAUGCGUGACAUCUCUGUAUGGCUUUCUGAAUGUCACACGGAUUCUACUGGCUUGAGUACGGAUAGCCUUUAUGAUGCAGGUUAUCCUGGGGCUCUUGCUCUUGGGGAUGUGGUAUGUGGGAUGGCGGCUGUGAGGAUAAAUCCCAAGGACAUGCUUUUCUGGUUCCGUUCACAUACUGCUGCUGAAGUUAGAUGGGGCGGUGCAAAGCAUGAUCCCAGUGAAAAGGACGAUGGUAGGAGAAUGCACCCGCGAUCGUCAUUCAAGGCUUUCCUGGAAGUGGUGAAGACGAGGAGCUUACCAUGGAAGGAUUAUGAGAUGGAUGCUAUCCAUUCAUUGCAACUUAUCCUCAGGGGAGCCUUCAAGGACUCCCAGAAUGUCGACACAAGGACCAUGAUUCGUUCACGGCUUAAUGACCUUAAGCUGGAAGGGAUGGAGGAAUUGCAAGCGGUGACAAACGAGAUGGUCAGACUGAUCGAGACAGCCACAGUACCGAUUUUAGCAGUUGAUAUAAACGGGCUCGUUAAUGGGUGGAAUACAAAGAUUGCUGAGUUAACAGGGCUGCCCGUUGAUAAGGUCAUGGGGAAGCAUUUGCUUACACUCGUAGAAGAUUGUUCUUCUGAGACCGUCAAGCGGAUGCUUUACAUGGCACUGAAGGGCCAAGAAGAGAAAAAUGUCGAAUUUCAGAUGAAAACACACGGUUCUCAGAAAGAUAACGGCCCAGUGAUCUUAAUUGUCAAUGCCUGUGCCAGUCGGGAUCUUGAGGAAAAUGUUGUUGGAGUUUGUUUUGUCGCCCAAGAUAUGACCAGUCACAAGUUGGUCAUGGACAAGUUCACUCGGAUUGAGGGAGAUUACAAAGCAAUAGUACAGAACCCAUGCCCGCUAAUCCCCCCAAUAUUCGGUUCAGAUGAAUUUGGCUGGUGCUCUGAGUGGAAUUCAGCGAUGACAAAGCUGACAGGGUGGGAGAGGGAUGAAGUGAUUGAUAAAAUGCUCUUGGGUGAGGUUUUUGGGACCCACAUGGCAUGUUGUCGUCUGAAGAAUCGAGAAUCGUUUGUGAAUCUCGGCGUCAUACUCAAUAAUGCGAUGACAGGUCAGGAAACUGAGAAGAUUUCAUUUGGUUUUUUCGGCCGCAACAAUAAGUAUGUGGAGUGUCUUCUUUCUGUGAGUAAGAAAGUGGAUGGAGAGGGUGUCAUCACUGGACUCUUCUGCUUCCUACAUAUUGCUAGUCUAGAGUUGCAACAAGCACUUCACGUACAACGACUAUCAGAGCAAACUGCGAUGAAAAGAUUGAAGGCAUUGUCUUACAUAAGACAGGAGAUCAAGAAUCCUCUCUCUGGUAUUAUAUUUUCUAGGAAAAUGCUGGAGGGUACUGAUCUGGGCGAGGAACAGAAGCAGCUUCUGCAUACUGGCACACAAUGCCAACGCCAGCUGAACAAGAUUCUCGAUGACUUGGAUCUGGAGAGCCUUAUGGAUGGAUAUUUAGAUCUGGAAAUGGUUGAAUUUAGUCUGCAAGAUGUGUUGAUUACUGCUAUAAGUCAAGUAAUGAUUACAAGCAAAGGGAAAGGGACCCGAGUCGUGUAUGAUCCACCAGAGGAAGCGAUUGCUGAAAGCCUCUACGGAGAUAGUCUGAGGCUUCAGCAGAUUCUGGCUGAUUUCUUGUCAAUUGCUGUGAAGUUCACACCAAGUGGUGGCCAAAUCGAGCUCACAGUUAGUCUAGUCAAAGAUAGGUUGGGAGAAAGCGUCCAUCUUGUUCAUUUGGAGAUCAGUAUUGCCCAUUCAGGCAGUGGAAUACCAGGAGAAUUGCUCUCGCAGAUGUUUGAAAGUGAAGCAGAAACGUCUGAGGAGGGCAUUAGCCUCCUUGUUUGCAGGAAAUUGCUGAAAAUUAUGAAUGGAGAUGUUCGCUAUCUCAGAGAAGCAAGCAAGUCGACCUUCAUCCUCUCCGUCGAACUUGCAUCUGCCCCCAAGUCAGGAAGUGUGAGGUUCUCAAGAUGUGGCGUUUCAGGACUUAUGGGUAAUCUGACUGCAGACAUGGGAACAUAUGCUACUUUCUCCAACACGUGGUACGCCGAGGAUUGGAUUGCAUGCAUUACUCCUGCAACAUAG